GCAUUGGGAUUCUGUCUGUCGGGAGAUGGGUCGAAGAGGUUGAGGACGCAUGUUUGGCAUGCAAAGCGGUUCGAGAUGACCAAGCGGUGGGGGUUUUAUCUUCCGUUGGGAUUUCAGGGAAGUCCUUCAUGUUGAAGUUGAGCAGACAAACUUUCUGGAUCAAUACAUUGAAAAGCACAAGGGGCGAGUAACAAUGAGGAAGAGGUUCAAGGUCUGUUUUGAAGUGGCUAAGAAAUGGAGCCCUCAUACAUGAUGCAAGUUACAACUGCGCUGUCCAAUUGGAGGGAAUCACUUUUGAAAGUUUUUAGAAUGGUGAUGGUUCUGCCACCAUCAUUAUCUUCACAAGAACCAUCCAAUCCUGUCUAUCGUGGAGUCUGUUACGGAAAUGCCAUGCUUCAUCAUGUCGGAGCUCCUAUUUCUCAACUGAUUGCCCCUGUGACCUUCAUGUGGCGGCCUUUCUCAAGCAUCCAUAUAGAUAUUGAUGUUGAAAAUGAUUCAAAUUUAAAUGGACAUUGCAUGAGUGAGAAAAGUGAAUGCAGUACUUCGUAUCGACAGUUGUGGGUAUGGAUACACGCUGCAGCCUUCAGUGAAGGAUUUGGUGCUUUAAGAUAUGCCUGUCAAGAGCUGGUGCAUGAAAAUGGUGCUUCUGUCAAUUGUUUUUCACUGGAGGGGAAGCUAGCAAAACUGGAAGUUAUGGGAGCAAAGGCAAUCCAAGUUCUUCAGAAGAUACUACAUCCUGUCACUGGUAUUGUUGACAGGGAGUCCAGUACUUGCGAGGAUUUUCAUCUGAGCAAAUGUUCGAUUUCGAAGGCUGACAGCACUCCACAACUUCAAAAGACGUUUGUCCUUGAACAUGCAGAACACCUACCCUCACAUGCAAUAGUAUCUUUAACAGUCCAAGAUCCGCGUGAUAUAACCAUGAAAGCAAUUGAAAGUGUUCCAGAUGCACCUACUUGUCCAGAGAGCAAUUUACUAGAAGAAGAUGAUGCUAAGGAAGAUGCUUCCUUGACCUCUGGAGCUCCAAAUACUUAUAGAGAGGUCAUAGGAUCUUUUUGGUUAAAACCUGAUGCGAGCAGUGUUCAUUUCUCCGACAGUGAAGAUCUGUGGACUUCUAAUGAUCAGACAAAUCCUCCAAUGGAGGAGAAUCUUCUUUGCAUGGAAAAGCAUCAGAGGCGCUUAUCUUUUUUUAACCUUGAUAAUACAAAUUCAGGGACCUUGACCACCAAAUCAAAGGAGGGCUCUGCUAGAUCUUGCCCUAUUUUGCUUUUAAAGAAUAUUAAUAACCAAAGGGGCUCUUACAUGGGGUGGUCUAUCAUUCUUCCUUUAAGUUGGGUAAAGGCCUUUUGGAUUCCUCUUGUCUCCCAUGGGGCUCGGGCCAUUGGUUUGCGAGAAAGGCAAUGGGUUUCAUGUGAUGAUGGGGUGCCAUCAUUCCCUUCUGAUUUCCCUGAUUGCAAGUCAUACUCAUGCUUCAUGUCUGCUGAAGCUACUGCUUCUGAUCAAAGAGCUGAACUCUGUCCUCUUGCUAUGAGACCUCUAAGAGUUCCCAUACCACCCCCAUGGUAUUGUGUUAGUUCCACUGUUAAGGAAGGGUUGACCAGCCUGGGAGAUGAUCAAACACCAGAUGUGCAAACACAAAGUAAAGAGAUGGUUUAUGGCAGUUCAUUGGUAAACCCGGACACUGGAAACAACAAUGCAGCGUCACCAGAGCAGGGCUCUUUUCCAGGUUUCAUAGCAAGGACAUCUGAUCUUUUGAGUGCUUACUUGAACGAAAUCCAUUGCUGUCAUCUACCCUUGUUCCCUAAUACGGCAAUGGGGAAAAGGAUUUUCUCUGAGCUGAUGGAUAAAGGCAGGCUCAGCUGGGCCCCUAAAGGAGUAAUCCAGAUACCAGCUAACCGUAAACUGUGUUUUUUGAGAGUUCUUCUCCAUGCCUACAAGGAAGGCGUUUUUGAAGAGGGAGCUGUUGUUUGUGCACCCAUUCUUACUGAUUUGUCAUUGUGGACAACCAGAUGCAGAUCAGACGAACAGGAUGGACUUAAAAUCCCUCAAUCCUCUAUAAAGUCAUAUUUCAUACAGCAACAGUCUGGCAAGUGGGAGCUGCAGAGACCAGAAGACCCUGUGGCCAAGCAAUCUCACAGGUGGCCUAUUGGGUUUGUCACGACAGGAUUUGUUCGUGGAAGCACCAAGCCAGUGGCGGAAGCCUUCUGUGAGGCGGCAUUGCUUGCUCAGCUGAGAGGAGAGCAGUGGAGUGAGAUGCAAGAGAAGGGGAGGCCUGAGAUUUUUGUGCUGGUAAGGAAUCUGAGGUCUGCCGCCUAUAGGCUUGCCCUUGCAACCAUUGUAGUGGAACAGCAGGCGGAAGACAUGGAGUUCACGUAAGCUGCUGCAUCUCUAUUUAUCCAAGUCCCUAUUUCAUCUCCUAAUUUAGAGAACAUUCUUAUCUGGUUUAGAUGGGAAAAAUAGCUUAAAAUCACACUACUGAUUGGUUCGGGUGGAUAUGGCCAGACCUCUUCAGAUGGUGCAGAGAGGUCUAACGUUUUUGGAUUGGGUUAGGAACUAUCUCUGGGUUCUGCUUGCUUGUACAGGCCAUGUUUCACGGCCA